CCACCAUCAAGCUUCUUGACUCACCAACUCAAUUCGGACUUUGGUUGUUCGUUGUUGGGCGUCUGGCAAAGCUCGUUAAUGCCCAGACCUGCAGCCCUGUGUAGCAACACUAAUCUUGAGCCUGGAAUUAGGAUCGCACCCUCGCAAUAGCAACUCAAUGUCAAAGCAGGGCGGCAAGGGCGGGGCUGCUGCGGGCAAGGCAAGGAAGCCCGUCAAGCCGGGGGCGGAUGAGAAGAGAGAAGAUGCACUCCAAGCUGUUAUCCUGGCCGACUCAUUCCAGGACAGGUUCAAGCCGUUCACUCUAGAAACACCAAGGUGUCUCCUUCCCCUAGUUAAUGUCCCAGUGAUCGAGUACACACUCGAGUUCCUGGCCUCCAAUGGAGUACAGGAGGUGUUCAUCUAUUGCGGCGCCCAUUCCGAGAGGAUCGAGCAAUACAUCCAGGAGUCCUCGCGUUGGAAUCCGAACAGCAUCAUCUCGCCCUUCUCCUCCCUCGAAUUCAUUCGUGUUUCAGACGCAAACUCCAUCGGUGACUUCCUUCGAGAUUUGGAUAAGCGGAGCAUCAUCGCAGGUGACUUUAUCCUCGUCCAUGGCGACAUCGUCUCGAACAUCCAGCUAGACGCUGCCCUCACAAAGCACCGCGCGAGACGAGAAGCAAACCGUGAUGCUUGCAUGACCAUCGUCCUGCGCUCUGUCGGGGAGCAACCACACCGUGCAGCAAAGGCCAGAGGGAUCACACCGAUCUUUGUUGUUGAUCCUACAACAGGCAGGUGCCUGCAGUACGAAGAGACGCACCCAUUGCAGAGUGAACACUAUGUGAAUUUAGACCCGGCAAUCUUCACCCACGGCGAGUUCGAGAUACGGACCGACCUGGUCGAUUGCGGUAUCGACAUUUGCACACCGGAUGUGCUAGCACUUUGGUCGGAAAGCUUCGACUACGAGUUGCCGAGGAAAAACUUCCUUCACGGAGUGCUGAAGGAUUGGGAACUAAACGGAAAGAUGCUCUACGCCGAGAUUUUUGACGAUGGGUACGCCGCGCGCGCCAGCAACCUCCAAAUGUACGAUUGCAUCAGCAGAGAUGUCCUUGAGCGAUGGACUCUUCCAUUUGUUCCAGAUAGCAACCUGGUCCACGGCCAGACAUACAGGAGGGUAAAGGGCGGCUCGUACGCCGAGGACCACGUUAUGGUAGAGAGGGGAGCCAAGGUGACACAAUCUGCAGUUGGAAGGGGAACAACAGUCAAGACCGGAAGCGUCAUCUCUGGGAGCGUCAUCGGGAGGAGGUGCAAGAUUGGGAAAAACGUCAGGAUCGAGAACAGCUACGUCUGGGACGAUGCCGUAAUAGGGGAUGGCACCUCUGUGGUGCACUCGGUAGUGGCUGGCUCAGUCGUGGUCGGCGCAAACUGCCGGAUACCGGAGGGCUCACUGAUUUCAUACAACGUCCACCUCGAUGACGGCAUCCAAUUGCCGCCAAACCCGCCCGCACGGAUAUCCACCUUGACAGACGACCGUCAGCCCGCCAGCACGGACCCUUCGUUGGUGGGCAAAGGCGGCAAGGGUACGCUGUACGAAGUGGUCGCGGAUGACGAAGAAUCGGACGAUGAGGACGGCGUGAACAGGGACCCUGCAAUCCUCCAGAGCUCACUCAUCUACUCACUUGAAGGCUUCAACCUCUCCACCUCGUCUAUCUCCACACUAGCUUCCGAAGACGACUACGAUUCGGACGACGGAAUCUCAGUGACCGGCUCCCUCCAAGGCAACGCCUUCGGCGACACCCGCGACCGCCUCUCCUCCUUCGCCUCUGAUGACGCACUCAAGCCAGACAGCUUCCAUAACGACGCUGUCAAUGGCCUCGUCGACGCCCUCCGCACAGAUGACAACGAGGACUUUGACUCGGCGAAGCUCGAGUUCAUGGGGCUGCGGCUGGCAAACAAUGCCUCGGACAGCGCCAUGCGCCGCGCAAUUGCCGUCGCGUUUGUCCGGCGCGCCGCCGAGCUGAUGAAUCCCGAGCACGGCGGCCUCGAGCCCACCAAGGCGGCCGAGAAGGCGCUCACGGCCAAGAACGGCGCCGUCAAAUUCGUCAAGGAGGUUGGGGUUGGUGGCGAGGAGGUGGCACAACAAGCUGAAUUUGGACUCGCGCUGCAAAAGGCACUGUCAGGUGUUAGGGAUCUGGAACCUGGGCGUGCGGGCACGUUGCUGGCGGCCAUGCUGCAGCAACUUUACAGUCUUGAUGUACUAGAGGAGGAUGGCAUCCUGGCUUGGUGGGCGGAUAAAAGGGCUGCUGACAGCGAGGAGAUGAACAAGUUGAGGGAGAAAUGCCGGGUGCUGGUAGAGUGGCUGGAGAAUGCUGAUGAGGAGGAGAGCAGCGAAGAGGAGGAGGAGGAGGAGGAUGAGGACGACGACUGAUGGGCAUCGUGAUAGCGGCAUCAGCAUACUCCACGAGACAAGGGAAUGACAAGUAUCAUGUACCCUAAUCCACAAUUCCUCGCCGGUUUCUGGGAAGGGAUAGGCCGAGGCUCAUUUGCUGUAUCAAAAUGGUUACUAAAGGGGGAAAAAUGAAAUACCUACUACACACAUCGCACGUUUAAUCCUUCCAUCCCUGUCAGACUUAACCUGCUGAGGCUGGCAGGGCAUGUUCCAUUUCUGGGACCAUACUUUACACGCCUAUUGCGCCAGGCAAGAGGACCGUAUCACUUGUUCGGC